AUGGCCACUGAAUCCAUGCCGCAAGGCGAUCCUGCCACCACCACAUCUGCGGCUACACCCUGCGAAGCUGCACAGCCGUCGCUCGACCGCCUGGCACCAACCGACACAAGCCCGCGCCGGAGUGGUGAGCCCGCCUCCAGCCCAUUACACUCGGCCAUGAAUCUGGCUCUUGCGGGUCAUGCUUCCGCGAAUCCUGCUGCGCCCUCCUUGUCCGACGCCGUUCCCACAUCGUCCUCCAUCAACGCCUCCAUGUCGCCACCUGCGCAGCUGUACAGCUCACCAGCGAUGCCCUCCGACUCAAAGGAUCUUGCCCAGCCAGUUCUCAUCGGAUCGAGCCCCGAGACCACCACACACCCCACCACACAUGCAACCGCCACGUCAGCGCUGCUCAGUGUCGACGACGUUGCCAGCCGAUCCGCUUCCGCAUCGCCUUCCGUCGUUUCAGGCUCAUCCACCCCCGCUCGAUCCGCCAUCAACGAACUCCAGCUCUACGCACAGCAGAUACAACAACAGCUGCUCAAUCAGCAUAUCCAUCGUCAGCUCAAUGCCGCCACGCCCUCGGCCACCUCAUCGUCGCAUCCACCGCCUCACACCCAAUUGGCUUCCACCAGCGCCAGCACCUACAACUCACCUCCCGAAUCCGGCCGCUCCUCACCCAACCCGCGCGCCUCGAUCCGCUCCAAUCGCCCCCCUCACGUCCUCGAGACCCAUCGCCUCGACAUUCAGACUCACACCAGCGGUCGUCGCAUGGUCAAUCAGUACCUCAUCGAGGGCGAGCUCGGUCGCGGCGUUCACGGCAAGGUCCGUCUCGCCACCGACCUCGAGACUGGCGAACGAGUCGCCGUCAAGAUCGUAGAGAGGGAGGCACGCAAGCGUCUCGGCGCCGGCCUCGGCCUGCUGGGUCGGAACAAUCGCAACAGGGAGAUGCUUCGCUCCUCUAGUCUCCACGUCGAUCCUACUCCAAGCAACGCCAUCGACCACGUCAACACCCAAGCCACGCCCAAAGAUGCCACUCCCGAGACCGACUCUCCGCAGGAUGACACCACCUCUGUCUCCACCACCGUCCGAGGUGUACCCAGCACUCCUUCGACCCAGUUUGCGCCAUUGCCUCACCUGCCGCGCUCACCCUCGGCUUCAGCACUCGGUCUUCAUGGAAAGCGUGCCCAGCCCGACUCGGAUGCCGAUCGCCGUCGCGAAAAGGAGCGCGAGCGAGCCCGAAAGGCGCUCAUGUGGACCACAGAUCAAAAAGUGCGUCGCGAGAUCGCCAUCAUGAAAAAGUGCAGCCACGACAACGUCGUGCAGCUCAAGGAAGUCAUCGACGAUCCCCAAAGCAAAAAGAUCUUCAUGGUCCUCGAGUACAUGGAAGGCGGCGAAAUCGUCUGGAAGAACGAUCAGGCCCAGCCCACUCUCACCGUCGACGAGGCGCGCAGCAUCCUUCGAGACGUUGUCUGCGGUCUCGAGUAUCUCCACUACCAGGGCAUCAUCCACCGCGACAUCAAGCCCGCCAAUCUACUCUGGGACAAGGAUCGCCGCGUCAAAAUCUCCGACUUUGGCGUAUCCCACUUCAGCUACGCCAUGAUGAUCGCCAACGAACAGUCCGCAGCAGCACCAACUGCCACCGCUGCGUCUUCGUCCGCCUCGUCCUCCUCAAGCCGAUUGGCACCGCCUCCAGGCUCGACGUCUGAUCCCAGUCUGGUCGAUGAUCGCGAGCUAGCCAAGACGGCCGGCAGUCCAGCCUUCUUCGCGCCUGAGCUCUGCAUGUCUUCCUUCUCUUCGGCAUCUCCUUCCAUCAACCCUCGCCAUGACGCCAAAGGCGCAUCACUGGCGGAUGCAGCAGAAGCCAACCAAUCUUCCGCUGCGGCUGUCCGUCCCAAGGUGACCAAGGCGAUCGACGUAUGGGCAUUAGGUGUCACCCUGUACUGCCUAUUGUUCGGCACCACGCCUUUCACCGCCGAGUCCGAGUACGCGCUCUUCUCGGUCAUUCCCAACACCGACUACUCCCUUCCCGUCUCCAUGGGCGUGGACCGCGUCCGAGUCGGACCAAGGAAGCCUCGCUGGCGCUCUCACGUCCAGUGGACCGACGAGGAGGCCGACGCACAGCCGCAAAGCCCUUCAGAUCUCAUCCCGGAUGCCGAUCCGCAGGACCUGAGCGAAGAUGCUAGGCAGCUGCGCGACUUGCUGGACCGCCUUCUGGAAAAGGACCCGGCAAAACGCAUCACCCUCGAGGAAGUCAAGAAGCACCCCUGGAUCACUCACGGCCUGCAGGAUGCUCCUGCGUGGCUCUCGGAGACGGACCCGCAUCACCUUCCUUUUGUCGAGAUCUCGCACGCCGAUGUCGAGGACGCACUGACAGGCUUUUCCAAGCUCAAACAGCGCGUCAAGCGCUGGCAGUCCAAGCUACUCGACUCGUUCAGCGGCGGCAGGCGCCGUAGCAAGUCGGUGAACCACUCUUCUGCCGGGUCGUCCGUGUAUGCAGACAUUCACACCGACUCUGGCAGUAGCUCGCCGCAUCCAAACCGACUCGCGAUGCCUGAAGAUGUCGGAUCAAUGCCCGUCACGCCGUUCGACUCGUCUAGUCACUCGGGCUCGUCUGCUCGCACGCCACGGACGCCACUCAAAGGCCACAUCUUCUUCUCCCGCCAGAAAAGCGCCGGCUCAGUCGGUCGUCGCGACGGCACCACCACUCUUCGUGCACUCACCACCACGGUCCGCAACGACGAAGAGGGUGAUGCGAUUGCACUCGGAUCGCCUCGCACCACGCUGGCAGGGACGACUGGCAAGGUCGAAUCAAAAGCACUCUCGAGAGAGCCCGCCUCACCCUCGCUGUCGAAGGAGGACUCUGUGCAGAGCUCGAGCGCGGCGCACAUGCUACCGCCCCUCGUCCUUACUGGUGGGCUUGAGGUCGAUACGAUGAGGCCUCCCAGUCUGGUCUCGCAGCGAAGAGUCUCGGCGCAUUCGACCAGCAGCGUAGGUGCGCGUUCCGACGCGGCUCCCGAAAUCCCGCAACGCACUUCGUCCGGUACCCAUGCGCUGGCGCCCAAGGGAGGCGCGGCCCCGGUCUCCCCUGUGCUUCUGUCUCAAUCACCGCAGACAACGUCGCUCCAGCGCAUGCUUAGCCGACAAGGCCGGACCAGCAACGACUCGCAUCCGCAUCGUGCCGCUUCACCGCGGCGUUCCGUCGAUUCCGAGGGGCGCUCGUCCACUCUCAGCAUCUCGCAAACUUCGCGAGUCUCGGGCCGCCAUCGUCUCGGCGACUUCUUGAGAGGCAGCUGGCUCAUGACCAGCGAGGACCGACAUCGUAGCACAUCCAGGCCAAGCACGCGCGGCUCGCGUGAGGCUGCUCCCUUUGGCCUCGGCGCCACCGGUACGAGCACAGCAGGACGCAGCGGAAGUGUUCGCAGCAACGCCAGCAGUUCGAAGCGAGAAGCCGCCGCUGGCCCUUCGUCUGGCAUCGCUCUUGUGGUCGACACGCAAGGUGCCGUGCGACAGACCGGGGCUCUUCCUGGAUCCGGAACUCCGACCAGCGCGCCCGUCCUUGGCAGCAACAGCAGCAGCGCCAUCACGGGAGCACCGAGUCUUUCGACGGAAUUGCUCAGCGAGCCCGUCGAGAGCGGAAGCAUCGCGCGAAGCGCCUUUGGAGCUGCGAGCCAACCAACUUCUCCCCUCACGGGCUUGGAUGAAGUACAGCCUUUUGCAUUCGAUCGGCUGGGCAGGCGCCGUCCCGUACAGAUGGGCCUCGACGAGGCGGACAACGAUGAUGUUGACCUCGAGCUCGAGUUCUCGGACGACGACCUCUCGGACGACUUGCACGGUGUCAACACCGGCCCCAUGCUCGUCAAUGCGGGUCACGGCUGGUCUGUGCGUGACGGCGACCACCUCGGUGGCGACGGCGUCAACGGCGACGGAGUGGAUGGGCCGGCCUUCCUGCCGGAGGCCUACCGUCGUAAGGCAUCGGGUGGGAGCGACAGCUCGCACGACAUCCUCACGCCCUCGGUCGAGGGUGGCUACAACGUCUUUAAGCCACCGUAUCAGCACCUCUUGUCGCCUCCCGAGGUGAGCGAAGCACCUGGGCAGCAUGCCGUCCCAGUUGCGGCCGCGCACUUUGAUGAUGUUGCUGCGGCACCUUCGAGUCAGGCCUUUGACAUCGACGUGGGGCUGUCCCCCGAGGCGCAGGCCCUGCGAAAGGCCGAGGGUACCGAGACGACGGCGGAUGCACUCGUCAAUUCGAGUGCGCGUCCACACAGCGACGAUGCCACUCCCAUCAGCUCAGGCAGCGUGUCGCGUUCCGCGUCGCAUCGUCUGCAUGGCUCGGACGACUCUUCGCGCGCACCCUCGGCGGCUGGGACGUAUGCGACGGGCGGCUCAGAGAACGAGGUGCACCUUGCAGACGCGCUUGAGAAGAAGGCGACGGAGGUGGUGCCCUUGGCUACCAUGAAGCCGAUCAUUGCGACGGAAGAGUCGCAAUUUGCAGACGCCGACGAAGAUGCAGCGGCUUCCGCUGCGCCUGCCGCGCUGUUGGACGACGACGACGACGACAGCGACGAACAGUGCGUCAGUUUCCAGGCGCGUCGUAAGCGAUCCACGCGCUUCCGCCCGGCGGCCGCUCCGGCGGCUUGA